GCCGGCCGCGCGGCUCGCGCGGGGCGGCGCCCGCUGAGGGCUCCGAGGGCUCGAGCGGGACGGUCACCUCCUCGCCGCCCCGACCUCUCGGCGGCGAGCCUGCCGUCGCCCCGUCUAGCAAGGCUGCGCGAACACUUUGCGAGGAGGAGGAGGACGAGGAGGACGAGGAGGAGGAGGAGGAGGAGGAGGAGGAGGAGGAGGAGGAGGAGGAGGAGGAGUGCUGACGCCUCGAGCGAUCGCUCCCGCGGCCUGCCUCAGAAAAAGGAGGAGGAGUGGAACGCGCUUGGUGAGGCCUCGCGGGCGCCAACCAUCGCUGGGGCCGCGCCCCCGCGCCUGACCGCCACCGCGGCGGCCGCGAGCGCCGCGCAGGCCGCCCACCACGGAGAACUUGGCGGCGGCGGCCGUGCCGGCGGAGCACGACGUGGAGCAGUGCGGGCACAGGUCCCCCCUCUGCGCGUGGCUGCACCUUCGCGAACGCCGAGUCGCAGUGGGGAAAUCCGUCGCUCUGGCUGCCGUCGCCGUCCUGGAGCUCCAGGAGGGCGUCCCGGUAGAAGCGCCGCAGCACGACCUGCCGCAGGUGUUGACCUUAGGCCCCGUGGCCCCUGGCAGUCGAUCUCGCAGCCGUAGCCUUUGUCCAUGCACUCCUCGUCGACGUCCUUGAUGAACGUGUCUUUCGAAGGGCUCCCUGUGUAGGGCUCCAGCUCUAUCACGCAGUUCAGGGUGCAAUGUUCAUUCGUGAUUACGGCAUCGUUGUGCAUGCUGAAGCCGGCGCAGUCUGGACGAGCGUCGCAGCUGUCGGCGCACUUCUGCACCGCAUCCUCAUAGCUCAGCGGAGAGUCAAGAACGAAGGUAGAGUCCAGGGCAUCUCCAUCGGCGUGCGUGCCCACGUGCUUGGUGUAGCCAGCUGGAUCGAAAGAGGUGACGGCGCGGACGGGGGCGAGGCGCACCAGCGCGAGGAACAGAGACAGCUGCGCGGCCGUCCAUGUGCAGACAGGCUGGGGCGUGGCGCCGCGCCCUGCGAGAGGCCUCGACGGGGCGGCCCUCGAAGCGGGACGGCCCGGGGCGGGCCUGAGCUGAACGCUUGAGACAAAAUGGCU